AUGACUGCUCCAUCUCUGAGCUUGCGGAGCAAUAUCAACCUACAAUAUCAAUCCCCCCUAUUCUCAGUACUUCCUGCAGAAAUUCGAUCUCUGAUCUUCAAAUAUGCUCUGACCGACUACGAAGACAUCACCACUCACAUGUCAUAUGACAGGGAUACUUACUGGUAUCGCCCAGGAUACAUGGCAAAACGCCGUACAGCAACAGAACUUUUACGUACUUGCAAACGUAUCUUUCAAGAAACAUGGUUCCUACCUUUUGCUCUUGCAGAGCACUGUUUUUAUCUGACAAAUACUGCGAGGGCACCAAGUGAACACGUCACAGUGGCACGGAUGAAAGAAUACCUGACUACGCUCAGAGACUUUGCGCGGAACCAGGAUGGGAUGGAGAUACCACAGAUUGAACGUAUCAGGGUGUUCGCUCAAAUGUUCGUGUUGGAGGAUUCGCCCAGAUUACAGGAAGUACUUGAUAUGGAGGGCUUUCAGCCUAAACAUAUAACGAUUACACUUCGUUACACAGAUUUCUGGUUCUGGGAGCACAAUUCGCCUAUACACAUUGAUGCAAAAUGGGUGAAUACCGUGAGAUUCCCAAAGUCGGUCGCCACGAUCAGUAUGGACUUCGAGAUGGUCGACCGGCGAAAAGAGGAAAUUGAUUACAUCACAAAUCUUGCGGUGGAUAAAUGGUUCUUUCGGCGAGCAGAUGGAAUCGUCUUCAAAGCCAACAAAGAGGAUAUCAAGACAAGCCGAUGGACAGGAUCUUCAACCCUGGGAGAUGCCCGGUGGAUUAGAGAUGAAUCCAGAACAAACGAGAUUGAUUAUUAUGUCAAGACAGUGACGUGGAAACCUGUUCCGGAGUUUGAUCCCUUUACUGGUGGUGGAGAUGGUUGUCCGAAUUUGGAUAUACCUCAUGAUUUUCCUCGCCAAACCCCACCUUUUGGGAGAAUGCCAAACGUGCCGGUUGAUGACCUUCAGUAUUUGGACUGCUCUGACAAUUUGAGUGCGCAGCAGGUUUAUGAUAGUAUUCUGGGGAUGGACGAAGAGAUGUGGGAAGAAGCGAUGUCAGAAGAAGAGAUGUCAGAAGAAGGGAUGUCAGAAGAAGAGAUGUCAGAAGAAGGGAUGUCAGAAGAAGAGAUGUCAGAAGAAGAGAUGUCGGUCUAA